AUGCCUUCGCUUCUCAUGAUCGACGGGCCCGAAAAGAUGAAUACCAUCUCCGGCGACUUCCGGCAAGAGAUUGAGGACAUCUGGUCCGGACAGAUCGCGGACGAUCCGUCCGUCAAGGCCGUUGUUUUCAUCUCGGGCAAGCCCGACAACUACAUCGCCGGCGCCGACAUCCGGAUGAUCAGCGCCACCGAGGACAAGGCGGACCUGAAGCAGGUGCGGCGGCAGUCAGUUGGGGGCUCGGUUUGCGAACGAGGCGAGAUCUGUAUGGACGGGCACGCGACCUUCGACAUCCUGGCAAAGAAGGGCAUUCCCGUGAUCGCGGCGAUCAACGGGGCGUGCCUCGGCGGGGGAUUGGAGUGGGCCCUGCACUGCGACUACCGCCUGGCGACCACGAGCCCCAAGACUGUCCUGGGCCUGCCAGAGGUGAAGCUAGGCCUCCUGCCGGGGUGGGGAGGGACGCAGCUUCUUCACCCGCUGGUUGGGCUUCAGGCUGCCCUCGACAUGAUUCUUACUGGCAAAAACAUUCGGCCGCACAAGGCGCUGAAGAUGGGACUCGUAGACCAGCUGGUCGACCCGGCUUCGCUGGAGGCGGUGGCCGUGGAGGCUGCCGCGUCGCUGGCCGAAGGCAGCUUGAAGUCCAAGCGGAAGCCGAAAGCACUGAUGAACAAGAUCAUCGAGGACACGCCCAUCGGGCGAUCGAUCAUGUGGAAGAAGGUGGGAGAGAAAGUAGCCAAGUCGACGGGCGGCAACUAUCCGAACGCGACGGCCAUCGUAGACUGCAUCAAGUUCGGCCUGUCGUCGUCUAAGCAGGCUGCGCUCGAGUACGAGGCGCAGCGCUUCUCGGAGAUGGCUGCCACGCCGGAGUCGGAGAGCCUGAUCGGCCUGUUCGAGGGGUCGACGGCUCUCAAGAAGAAUCGCUUCGGCAAGCCCGCGAAGAAGGUGGAGAAGGUGGCGGUUCUCGGGGCGGGACUGAUGGGAGCGGGGAUCGCGCAGGUGCCGUUGUUUCUGUGGCCUGGUGUUUGGUUCAGGGAUUCGGCGUCCGUGGGAAAGGGGACAUCGUACAUCAUGGACAACGCGGCGGCCAAGCUCAAGAAGAAGCGCAUGACCAAGUACGAGAUGGACACGGUCGGGUCUCGGGUGAUCCCCCUGACCGACGAGGGCGACCUGUGGCAACGCCACUUCGCCUCGGCGGAGAUGGUCAUCGAGGCCGUCCCGGAGAACCUUGACCUUAAACACAGAGUAAUCCAGCAGGCGGAGCAGUUCCUCCCGGAGGACUGCGUGUUCGCCACCAACACGUCCGCCCUGCCCAUCAGGGACAUCGCGACGGCUUCUAAGCGACCGCAGAACGUGGUGGGCAUGCACUACUUCUCGCCCGUCCCCAUGAUGCCCUUGCUCGAGCACGGUCAGAUCAUUCCCCACGACGGCACCUCGGACGCGGCUGCUGCGGCCGCGGUUGACGUCGGAGGGCGUCAAGGGAAGACUUGCAUCGUUGUCAAGGAUGUGCCGGGGUUCUACGUCAACAGGUGCUUGGGCCCGUUCCUCGUGGAGACGUGCGCUUUGGUGGAGGCGGGGGUGGGGCUGGAGCAGCUGGACAAGGUCAUGAAGUCCUACGGACUGCCUGUGGGGCCCAUCACCCUAGCGGACGAGGUGGGCAUCGACAUCGGCUUCCACGUGCAAAGCUUCUUGUCGGAGGCAGACAUGGGCGUGAGAAUGACCGGCGGCAACGUGGCGGUCAUGGGCGACAUGGUGGAGAAGGGGCUUCUCGGCCGCAAGUCCGGCAAGGGCUUCUACCUGUACCCUAAGGGGAAGAAGGGCAACAAAGGGGGCAAGGAGCUAAACCCAGAGGCGGUGUCGCUCAUCAAGGCGCACCAGGCGGCCGGCGGAGGGGGCGCGUCCCUGGCAAACGAUGUCAUCCAGGACCGCAUGAUGUGCAGGUGA